GCCGAGCAGCCCCAGAAUGCCUGGCCUGCUGAACUGCUUCACGGGGGCAGCCCUGCCUCUCACCGCGUCUGACGUCACCUCCUACGUCAGCGGCUAUGCCCUGGGCCUCACGGCCUCCCUUACCUAUGGCAACCUGGAGGCUCAGCCCUUCCAAGGUCUCUUCGUGUAUCCGACGGAUGAGUGCACCACAGUGGUUGGUUUCGAAGCCGUCAUUGCUGACCGAGUUGUGACCAUACAGCUCAGAGACAAAGCCAAGCUGGACAGAAGCUACUUGGAUGUCCAAUCCGCCACUGUCACAGGGAACCUUCCAGAAGAGGAGAUUCCCAUCACACCGGGAAAGGUGACCUUGGAUGAGGAUCUGGAGCGGAUUCUGUUCGUGGUCAACCUGGGGACCAUUGCUCCCAUGGAAAAUGUCACCAUCUUCAUCAGUACCUCCUCGGAACUCCCCACGCUACCCAGCGGGGCCGUGAGGGUCCUUCUACCAGCCAUCUGUGCCCCGACCGUGCACCCAUUCUGCGCCCACAGGUUUGGCUCCUCCAGACAACAGUCACGAGGCAAAGACCCACACUGCUUCGGCACCCAGUCCAAGGACUCCUAUAAGAGGCUGUGCCUGGCCACUCUCCUGGACACAAAGGUGACCAACCCAAUGGAAUAUGAAUUCAAAUUUCAGCUGGAAAUCCGCGGGCCAUGUCUGCUUGCAGGGGUGGAGAGUCCCACUCAUGAAAUCCGAGCAGAUGCAGCCCCAUCGGCCCACUCAGCCAAGAGCAUCAUCAUCACCUUGGCCAAAAAACAUACCUUUGACCGGCCGGUGGAGAUCCUUCUCCACCCCAGUGAGCCCCACAUGCCGCAUGUCCUGGUGGAGAAAGGGGACAUGACCCUGGGGGAAUUCCACCAGCACUUGAAGCGAAAAGCAGAUUUCGUUAGAGGAACAAAGAAGGACAACAUCGCUGAGCGGAAGACAGAAGUCAUCCGGAAGCGUCUCCACAAAGACAUUCCCCACCACUCAGUCAUCAUGCUCAACUUCUGUCCUGACCUCGAGUCCGUGCACCCCAACCCCAGGAGGACCCAUGGGGAAUUUAUCUUCCUCAUCGACAGGAGCAGCAGCAUGAGCAAGACCAACAUCCAGUGCAUCAAGGAGGCCAUGUUGGUGGCCCUUAAGAGCCUCAUGCCAGCAUGCCUCUUCAAUGUCAUUGGUUUCGGAUCCACAUUUAAGACAGUCUUUGCUUCCAGUCAGAUCUACAAUGAGGAGAACUUGGCCCUGGCAUGUGAAUGCAUCCAGAGAAUGCGGGCUGACAUGGGAGGCACCAACAUAUUCUCCCCUCUGAAGUGGGUCCUCCGGCAGCCACUGCGCCAGGGUCACCCACGGCUCCUCUUCUUGAUCACGGAUGGAUCUGUGAACAACACCGGGAAGGUUCUGGAGCUGGUGCGGAAUCAUGCCUCUUCUAUCAGGUGCUAUAGCUUUGGAAUUGGACCCACGGUCUGCUACAGACUGGUAAAAGGGCUGGCAUCUGUAUCCAAGGGCAGUGCAGAGUUCCUGAUGGAGGGGGAGCGGCUGCAGCCAAAGAUGGUCAAAUCCUUGAAGAAGGCCAUGGCCCCAGUGCUGAGCGACGUGACUGUGGAGUGGGUUUUUCCUGAGACCACGGAGGCCCUGAUCUCUCCUGUCAGCACCAGCUCCCUUUUCCCUGGGGAACGGCUGGUGGGAUAUGGCAUUGUGUGCGAUGCCUCCUUGUACAUCUCCAAUUCCAGAUCUGACAAAAGACGGAAGUAUGGCAUGCUGCAUGCUCAGGAGUCUAGUAGCUCUGUCUUCUACCACUCUCAGGACGAGGGACUCAGGCCAGGCAGCGGAAACUGUGCCAAGAACUUCAACCAGGGGCAGACCAAAGACGCCCACCCAUGCAAUGGAGACUCCCUCUCCCAUCAUGGUCUGGAUGGCUCCCGGCGUCGAAGGGCAUACAGCACUAAUCAGAUCUCCAGUCACAAGGCUUGCUCUAGGCCCACCACAGCCAGCGACCCCUCUGGAGCUACCAGGAGAUACCCACUGCGAAAAGCCAAGGUGCAAGACCUGGUCCAUCAGAGCAGCUCAGAGAGCCAGCAGUGGCAGAUUGAUCUGCAGGCGCUACUCAACAGAGCCCAUCACCCAAGCCAGGGCCCCAGACUUCAUGGCCCUGGAGCCCUGAGGCCUUCCCUUCUUCCUCAAGGCUGCCAGCCCAUGCAGUUCUCCGGCCCGGAGCCCCAGGCCUGGAGCCCCGUGAGAGAGCUGGGUCUUGGCUCCAGCCGGAAGUCUGUCCUUAACAGCCCAAGCUCUGAGGACCUAGGUAAGGGUCCAAGCCACAGAGCCACCCCUUUUCCCUCGACCUUGGAACCAGAGACAUCCUCAGACUUGGAGCCCACGGCUGAAUUAGAGGAGCAAGCUCCCUCCAGGACCGCCACGCCAAGCCCUGUGCUGGGCAAAGUUUUGGUCAAAGGAGUGUGUGACAACCAGCAAAUGCAGUGGGAAGUGAGCUUGAGCUAGAACCUCCAGCCCCUGCGGAAGGAGGACACACAGAACGAUGACAUGUGGGGCGAGACUUUCCACCACCUGGCGGCCCGAGCCAUCAUCCGGGUUGAGCAUCUGGCCCAGUGCGAGGAUGAGAUUGAGCUGGGGUCCAAUCGCAGAUACCAGGUGAACGCCGUGCACACCAGCAAGGCCUGCAACGUGAUCAGCAAGUACACGGCCUUCGUGCCCGUGGACAUAAACAAGAGGCAAUACCUGCCCACGGUGGUCAAAUACCACAACUCUGGUGCUCUACUCAGCUUCCGGAACCUGACCCGACAGUGGAAAGGCUUCUCUACUGGCCUUAGGAGGUCCCAGAGUAUGCUCAGAGAACACUCCUCAGCUGCAGGAGACAGCAAAUUCCAGACCCUAGCCUCAAAUGAAAGCCUUACUUCAACCUUCAGUAAGACCCCAUCCCCUGGGCAUGAGAAGUACGCUACAACAGAAGGUCCCCCUCAAAACCUGUCCACCAGCUCUCUGUCCUCCACAAAGGCCUCGGAGGCCAUCUUUGGAUCUAGGUUGAUUCUCAACAAAUCCAGGCUGCUGACCCGAGCUACCAAAAACUUUCUCAGCAAAUCAUUGCCCAAGGCUCCAGAGGUAAACCCAGGCAGCCAGAGCUCUGACUACGUACCACUGGUGUCUCUGCAGCUAGCCUCGGGAGCCUUUUUGCUCAAUGAAGUCUUCUGCAGGACCAUCCAAAUCCCCAUGGAGAAACUCAAGUGGACCUCACCCUUCAGCUGCCUCCGAAUGUCCCUCGUCACCCGCCGGCAUGAUUUGAAGACCCAGAGUCCAGGGGACUGCACCAGUUUCUCCUCUCCACCUCCACCCUCUGACGACAUCUCCCUAAAGUCUGACGCCAAAGACAGCUCAGACCAGGAGUCCAGUGAGCUGCUGGAGCACACGGGGAAGCUGUGGGCCACUGUGGUGGCGCUGGCGUGGCUGGAACACAGCUCAGCUAGUUACAUCAUUGAGUGGGAGCUGGUGGCUGCCAAGGCGAGCUCGUGGGUAGAGCUGCAGGAGGUGCCUGAGGGCCGCUCACUGAGCACCAUCAAGGCCACUGCUCGCCAGCUGUUCGUGCUCCUGCGACACUGGGAUGAGAACCUGGAGUUCAAUAUGCUCUGUUACAACCCAAGUUAUAUGUAA